UAUGGCUCAGGUAUCGAAAUCAGUGCUUCGGCGUUUCAAUUCUAUUGUCGAGCGUGGGAACCUGGCAACGCCGUCUUGCACGCGUUAUCCGCCUCUAUUUGCCAGGCAUGCUCGUCUAAUCCACUGCAGCAGUCGCCGUUCUACCGAUGGUGUGUUUCGUGACCUCACAGCGCAGAGGGUGCGAACACCAUGGAUAGAGGCCCUUCGCAAGCAGCAGGCUGAAAGCAAGACCUCGGAAGCAGCCCCAGAAAAGCCGAGUGUUCCAAAGGACCGCGACUUGUCCCCAAAACGUAUGGAUGACAGCUAUCAUUCCGUCGUCCUGCCGCUCGCCCGGGAUCCAUGGCUCCUUGACACGUACCUCAAUUCUUCUGGCCACAUUCGUUUAGGAACCAUCUUUAUGGACUUGGACGCACUAUCGGGUGUAAUAGCGUACAAGCACACCGGCGAGGACGUGACUACGGUGACGGCGAGUUGUGAUAGGAUCGUGAUCAAACACCCUCUGACUGAGAUAUGUGACCUCGAACUAUCUGGGAGAGUGACUUACGCCACUGGGAGGUCUAGCAUGGAGAUUUCGAUGCAAGUCGCGAAAGCGCCCAAAGAGGGCGAGCAAAUUAAGAAUGAGGAUGUUCUAAUCCAGUGUACUUUUACAAUGGUUUCGCUCGAUACCAAUACCAGGAAACCUGUCAACGUCAAUCCGCUCAUCGCCGAAACCCCAGAAGAAAAGCGUCUUUACAACCUCGGUGAGCGCAAUUCGAAGAUUCGAAAACAGCUUAAGGAGAGAGCGUUGAUCAAACACACGCCCAAUGAUCUUGAGUCCGAUCUGAUCCACGCGUUCUGGCAAAAGCAGCUUCAAUACCACGACCCUUACGACGAAUUGCGUAAACCCGACAACGUCCAUUUCAUGGAUACCACGCGAUUGCAAACAGCCACCAUAAUGCAACCGCAGAAUCGCAACAGGCACCACUUCAUGAUAUUCGGCGGUUUCCUUCUCAAGCAGACUUUUGAAUUGGCUUUCACGACCGCAGCUGCUUUUGCGCAUGCCCGGCCUACUUUCGUCUCCCUUGAUCCCAGCACUUUCCAGAACCCGGUUCCCGUUGGUAGCAUAUUAUAUCUUACUGCAACCGUCGUGUAUACCGACCCACCGCUCAUUGGCGCCCCCGGAGAAAAGGUUGAUCCUGAUAGUCAAUACACUAGAGUGCAGGUGCGUGUAGACAGCAAGGUACGAGACGUUGAGCACGGACGAUCCAAGCCGACAGGGCAGUUCAACUACACCUUCAACGUCGAGAAGAACAUUCGAGUCGUCCCGCGCACGUACCAGGAAUACAUGAUGUAUCUCGAUGCACGACGCAGGGCAGAACAAAUCAAGGAGACAGUACAGGAAGAGGGUAUCGGACUUACUCCUGCGGUAGCAGAGCAAAGCAUCACAGAAUAG